AUGGGUGAACGCAUCGAGAGACGGUUCGAGUCGUGCGCGGAAGAGGUGACGAUGACGAUGGGUCGCGCCCGUUCGGCGAUGGAUCGACGGACGCUCUCGCGACGACUCGGUAUCGCGAUCGCGCUGAUUAUUGGUUGGAUAAACUCGGUGGAGGCGUCGAGUGGUGAUCUUGCGGCGACGUGUGGGUGGGAAUCGAGGUGGGAGACGCGGGUCGCGGGCGACGCGGCGACGUUGGAUGGCGCGUGCGGCGCGAUGGGCGGUGACGACAGAACGACCGUCGUCGAAGGUCGAAAUGGGGUUUGGUUUCACGGUGACGGUGGGAUGAUCAUGACGACGGGGUCGAUGAAUCGGGCGGUGGAGUCCAUCGUGGGGGGUGAAGGCGCGUUCUCUAUUGAAAUCGUCGUCGUCCCGGACGCGCAGGCACCGCAGUUUGGAGUGACGGAACCGCUCGUGACGUUUUCGACGUCCACGAGGGCCAUCGAGUGGCAGCACUAUUGUGGUGGUGACGAUGGGUACUAUCUAUCCGUUUGGAUCCGUCACGAUCGCGUGGGUGUGUGUGCGCGCGCUCUCGCUUGGUGGGCGCCGUAUCAAUGCACACUGGAUACAAACAUGUACGGCAACGACGUGCAAGCUCUCUCGCGCGGAUUCGUAAAUACGAUUACCGUGAUGUACGAUAUCACAAAUGGCGUCCGAAUCGCCGUAAACGGUACACGGACGUUCCCACCGGAUUCGUUUGGCUCUACGUAUCGACAUCAGGACGGAAUAGACGUCGUCAGAGCGUGGAACGCGAGUGAUUCCCGAGUCGUCGUUGGUGCAUACGGCUCCAAUGCCUUCACUGGCGUCAUCUACGCGCUCAGAGUGUAUGACCACGCGCUGAGCGCGGAAGACUUGCUGCGAACUGCGCGUGAGUCGUUACCAAUCUCGAAGCCAUACGCGCUCUCCAUCAACGUCACAUGCGAGGAGGACUCAUCAACGCAUGUCAAGCUCGAAGCGGCGAACGUCUUGGGCGAUGCGGUGCGUUUCCGCCUCGUCUCCAUACCACAAUUAGGUAAAAUAUUCGACGACGAUAACGAGGCCCCAAUCGUCGAAGCGCCAUGCGAUCUACGAGGAUCCACGGUGAGAUUUGAGCCGGCGCCAAAUGAACACUCAGUUGCAAGCGCCGCGGAUGAACGUUUCGAUUACGCUUCUUUCGAAUUUGAGGCGUUCGACACUGAAACGAGUAAAGUCAACGUCACGCAUCGGGCGACCGUGCGCGUGCGCGUGGUAAGCGUGAAUGACGCACCGACGACGAGCGAGGUGCACAUGGUGGCGUACGUCGGCAUUCUAGAGCGCAUUCGACUACCUUUCAGCGAUCUCGACGUCGACGACCAGGCCGCGGCGGUCGUCAUAACACGCGAACCGAAGUACGGUAGUCUUUAUUCGUGCGACGGUGAUGCGGCGAUGACGAGCGCGCUGAAUCUAGGAUCAAGCGUUGCCGUGGGCGCAUCGCCGUGCCUGGCCUACGUUGCAAACAAAUCGAGCAACGUCGACUCCAUGGAGUACGUCAUCAUCGACUCGAGCGGUGCUCGCAGCGAUCCCGCAACCCUUGCGGUAACGAUAAAAAUACCAUGCGCUGCGCUCGAUCGACAUCAGACGCUGAACGAGGACACGAACGGUAAGAUACGUUUCGUGGCUGCGUGUGCGUCCUCACGAGCAGUCACAGCACGAAUAAUGGCGCCACCGAGGCACGGGAAAAUCACGAACGGACUCGCGAUCGUCCUUCACGCUUCAGAGUGCACUAAAGACGAAAAUACUACGUGCGCUGAGUGGUGGCGCAACGCGUCGUCGCCUUCGUGUGCGUGCGGUGCUUUCGAUUACGUUCCAGAGCCCAACUACUUUAACAUUCCGGGAAAAGACAUUUACGGUCGAAAUAUGUCGCUCUCUGGGACUCCAGCGGCAUCGUGGGACAUUGGAAAUUCGGAUACUGCGAGAGUGAGAAUUGAAACAGUCGAUAACACGGUGACAGACCCGUACGUCGUGUACAUUUCAGUGCAAAACGUCUUUGACGUACCGAUGAUUCACAUAAGAACCAGCGGCAUUGAAGCUGCCGGAGCCAUCACGCCGAACACAACAUCUUUCGCACUUUCGGGAGCGAUCGAUAUGGAUAUAUCGCCCGAUUACGAUGCGCACGCGAUAUCGGUAACGAUGACGAGCGUGUACGCGGAGACGAUGGCUCUUAGUGACGCGCGCUUUGAUUGGCUCAGGCCUUUCGGCGGCUCCAACAAGCGCAUCUUACGCCUCAUUGGUCCGGCCUCGGCGGUAGCGGACGCGCUCAAGCGCGCACAAAUUACAUUCAUUCCGAGAGACGCUAGGACAUCCGCGCUCGUGGAUAAUGUGAUGGUUCGAAUCGUCAUCGGCGUCCGUCCAAUCGUUGGCGCUCAAUGCGACUUGGGUCAGGAGUGUUACUUCCAAUCCACGGUCAAUGACCCAGCGUGCGACGCCGCAACGCCACCGUCGAUACCGUGCGCUAUCGAGAUCAAGAUUCCAGUCGCCAUCGCCGACUCGCCAGCCUACAUUGCCACGAUCAACUCGCGAGCGGCGCAACGCGGUGGCUCGUCAAGAUCCGUCCAGGAACGCGCUCGCGUCGUCUUCGCCAUCUGGUUCGCCUUCGGCGUCCUCACCUUCUGGCUCAUCAACAAGUGCGCCUCGUUCGCUCGCAUGCGCGCCGCCGGUGCUUUCGGAUUCUAA